AUGCGACUAUCAGACUGUUCCGACUGGUUAGACGCCUACCUGUUCUCAUCUGAAUAUGCCUCUACUCACGCCAGUGAAUCCGAUUGCUGCCACUCCAGACCGGCCCACGAUUCUGGGACGUCAUUUCGUGAAUCGAAUGCCGCGAGUAUUCAUGAAGGCAGCGACGUCGGUGGCGAUGAUGUUGAGCUACACGCGACCUGCAGGUUGAAUGGAGCCUGCGAGUCGGUGCAUCUGUCAGGCCAAGGUGAGGUUGCUGAUCGCUUUCUCCGAGGGCUCACAGUCGCCAACCUGAUGGCACUGUUGAUCAACUUCUACGCUCCAGAACUUGCCCCAACAGAAGGCAAGUUUUGCGUGUCUGCAGAUAAAUGA